AAUGCACUACGCCACAGCAAGUCCGCAUCGCUUCACUAUCAGCGGUGGAGCUGGUCACAGCACGCGAACCACGCUGCUAUCGGAUCUAGAGAAGCGUAGACCACAAAAAAAGAAGCUCAACGAGAGGAACCCAUGACGACGAUAACGAGCGCCCCCGAAGAAACUUGCUGGCAAUCAUCAAACGUACAGAGUGUGCCUCAGUCUUGCGUCGGCCUUGGACCGGAACAGGCCACCGGAGUGCGAUUGUGAUCCUAAUCGGUCGUCUCCUUCGCUGUCAAUGUGCUCGCGGAGAAUCGCACACACGAUCGCCGUUACUUCUAAACACACCAACGUGACACUAUGACGCUUUGGAAGAAUCGCUGGUUGGUGUUGGCCCAAUUAGCGACAGUGGUGCUUGCGGUGUCCCAGCUGUGCAGAGUCAGUGCGUCGGAAGAAUACAAUGACUUCAGCGAGGAGGGAACGAUCGAGGAGAUCGUACACUUUGCACGAUCCACGCCGGAAAGCGAUAGCUAUGUAGUGUCGGUGGUAGAAUUUCAUCCCGAACCAAUGACGAUGCCCAUUGCAGAGCGGACUGAGCUUCAUCUUCAGGAGUACAGUAGGCUCAUACGAUCGCCGGAAGCGAAGCCGGCCGAUAUUAUUGUGUUCCCAGAGCUAACGCUCAACUCCCUGCUAGACACAGUGUUUGUGCCUGAUCCAGAACAACGCGUGGUGCCCUGUGACGAUCACGGUACCAUUCUAGUCACCCUGUCCUGUCUCGCACGGGAGGUCCGCAAAUACCUAGUGAUCAACCUGUCGGAGCAGUUCUAUGUGCAGCAUCAGGCCAAAACUUUGUUCUACAACACGGAUGUCGUGUUUGACCGGGAUGGGACGGUAAUUGCACGUUACCGGAAAUACAAUCUAUUCAAGGAACCGGGAACGAGCGUAACCUCACUACCGGAGCUGGUUAGCUUCGAGACUGACUUUGGGGUACAUUUUGGAGUGUUCACCUGUUUCGACAUCCUGUUCGCAUUGCCAACACUCGAGCUUAUCAAGCACGGUUUGCGAGACUUUGUGUUUCCCGCCUUUUGGACGUCGGAACCACCGUUUCUCACCUCGACGCAGAUCUUCGAAAGCUGGGCAUACGCUAACGAUGCCAACCUGAUCGUUGCUGGGACGAACUAUGGACCAUCUGGUGCCACUGGCACCGGUGUGUUUAAUGGGCGCAAUGGAGCACUUUUAACACACUACACCGGAGUACCUACGCGUGCACUGUACACGGUGACUGUACCCAAGUCAGGGUCAGGCAAUAUCACUCAAUAUCACUCAUUGACGAGCGAUGUGCUGGAGGUGCCAAUGGCAGAAUCAAGUAAUCAUCGACUGCCAGGGGACGAUUUCGGGAACGUCCGCAUCGGUCGGGACUUUCUGGAGCAGUUUACCACCAUCCAGCUAAAUCCGGUCUGGCAACAGGAAUCCAUCGGUCAGAUCGUGUGCAAUGGAAUGUUCUGUUGUGACUUUUCACUUAGCCUAUCGGUGGAUGACGAGCGCGAAAAAACUCACUACUAUCGGUUGGCCGUGUUCGAUGGCGUACGUACCUUCCAGGGAUUCGCCGACGCACACGUGUCCAUUUGUGGUGUGAUUGCGUGCAGAAACCAAAGUAUAGCGAGCUGUGGUCUGAUGCUGCAAAGCAACUCGGAAUAUCUGCAGUUCAAUUCUAUCUCCAUAACCGGACAGUUCAUUGCAAAUGGAACGCUUGCGAUGCCUAGUACACUGGACAUGCGCAUGUACUCCUACGAUGCUAGUCACUAUCGCUUUACGGCCGAUGUCAACUAUUCCAGCAACAGCCAGACUGUAUCGAUGAACCUAACCACCCCGAUUAGCAACAUGCAAACGUUCGGGAUCUAUGCGUUCAAUCAUAAGGAUUUUGAAUUCUUCAACCCGAUCAACCUGCCCGGAACCAGCACACCUCAGCCAGAGGAAGAUGACGAUGGUGGCGCCACAAUCGGUACGCAUUCAUCUGCUAUCGCACUCCUACUUGGCGGAGCUGUGCUCGUAUCCUGGCAAAUGAUGGUGUCGAAGCACAUUACGCUUCUUUAG